CGUAGGAACACCGAACUCGCGAUAUUACAGGCACUUUUGUGGUUUCGGCGGAUAUGCGCGAUCAAACUAUCAUUACUUUAACGAUUGACGAUGAGAACAGGGUGGAGUAUUUCGAAAUCAAGGAUCCCUUGGGCAAGAAGGAGAUCUUCCCAACCUACACAAGCAACAUGGUCGAGUUUAAGCUUCCAGGCUUGGCAGAUUCCGGGGUUUGGUCCUACAAGAUUCGAGUGUUUAACAGGAAAUCGAAUGAUUCUGCUAUUCUAGUGGAUGUGACAUCGGUAGAGAACAAUCCAACAGCUAUUACCUUGGAGGCUUUCACCAAUGUUCAUCAAAUCGUGGAGGUUAAGAGUGAGGCCUUGAAAAUCUACGCCAAAUUGCAAAGCGGGACGUCGCCAGUUUUGGAUGCCAAAGUGUUUGCCACCGUUUACAAGCCAGAUUCCGCCGUUUUAAGAUUGGAGUUAACGGAUGAUGGGUUUGGGUAUCCAGAUUUGACACAAGGGGACGGAAUCUACUCUGGUUACUUGUCUCAAUUUGCCACUUCAAACGGAUAUUAUGGAAUCGAGAUAACCGCAAUCAAUGGUGGAGAAGCCAAAAUACCAAGUGUUUCCCACCAGGAAGAAUCAUCUUCAAGUUGUUGCGGACAGGCCAUGAAGUUUGACAGAACAUUGCCUUGCAAUAACUUUGUUCGACAUGGAGUUGGCCCGGGAUUUUUUGUCAAUCAAGGGAUACCAAAAUCAGAAGACUUAAUCGAGCCGUCCAGAAUUGUGGACUUCAGAUUGAUCUCAAGAAUCGACUCAAACACAAAAUUAGCCAAACUGGAGUGGAGCGCACCUGGCGACAACUACAAUGUUGGCCGAGCAAUGAAAUACGAAAUAAGAGGCUACACCGGGAGGUUCAUUCAGGGGAAUAACAGAAAAGUCGAGUUCCGCGACGGGAUCGAAGUUUCUGCUGAAAUGAUUCCAGUUCCUUUAAAAUAUGGCCAAAAGCAGUCAUGUCCCAUACAAGUUCCUUGGCCAAAUGAAAUGUUCUAUUAUUUCAUUGUUGGAAUCGAUGAGGAUGGAAAUCGAGGACCGCCUUCAAACAUUGCUUCGGUGUUUGUUUAUGAGGCUCCAACUACUACCACAACAACGACGACAACAACAACAACCACCACUACUGCUACUACAACCACCACCACAACAACAACUACUACUACCACUACUACUACCACUACUACUACCACUACUCCUACUACUACCACAACCAUAACCACCGCCAUAGUAACAACAACAACCACUACCACGACUACAAUUUUCAUUUCAACGACAACAAACCCUCCCACGACACUUCGCCGUGACCAAACGACCUUCCAGUUUUUCAGAGAACCAUCAGUGCAUUCCGACGUUGUGGUUCCGGCACCGCCAAAUAAUCAGAUCAUUUCCCCAAUGGUUCACGUCACCUCAGAGCCAAACUAUCCCGUUUACCAGAUUUCAGAAACAUCGGCAAUCCAAUCUUUCUCUCCAAUGGUACUUUACACUGAAAUGAAAGUCACAACAACAACAACAUCCACAUCGAGGCCAAGACUCAAGUUCUUAGACGAAGCUUCGUCUUUUCCAAACCAAAACCCGGUUUCAAACACCCGUUUGCGAAACAUGAAGAAUACUCAAGCUGACAUAGAGUCUCUGAAACGUCGAAUUCAGGUCCAUCGGAAAUCAGAUCGUUCACAAAUAGGAAACCGCCAAAGAUAUGAAGGGCAAAAGAACUAUGACCAAUUUCUGAGCCGCGAAACUUCACAACGAAUAAAACAAAUGUCCGUCCGAGGGUCUUGGUCUGAACCAACCCUGGAUUCGAUCGCUGGACCCUCCAUCGUGGGACGCAGAAGGAAUCUAGUAGCCAAGAGACCACGGGAUGACUUUUACGGCCAAUCCGAUCAUCGAAACAAAAUUCAGGUCCCUCAAGAGCAAGAUUUUGAUGUUGUCCCCUCUUCAAACACCGAAAGUCAAAAUGUGUUGGCUCGAUUGAAAAAGUUUUCGACUCUGAAUGCCCCUGCAUCCAAGCCAGUUGAUGAAACAGCAGAACCAUAUUCCACCGAGGAGAAGCUGAAAAUAUACACAGUCACAGGAGUGAUGUGCUCUGUCUUGGUGAUCAUCAUGAUGGUCGCCACUAUCAUGAUCAUCCGCCGUCGAAUGGUUUCUAGAAGAAUCCAAUUUGGUGGAAUCGAUCUUACCAAAUCCGGAUCAGUUGAUAUCUCGACUCCAACAGAUCCGUGGACAACCAAUGAGAAACUUAAGCAAGCCUACCCCAACAUGAUUCGUUCCCACGUCUGGUUUGACAGCCUUCAACGAAGCGUAGCCAAAGGCGAUAUGUGUUUCAAUAAUGCCGUUUCAAUGUAUCCAAGCUUGGAAGACUCUUCUCAACCCAAAUCAAUCUUAAGGAAAGACUGCCGGUCUUCCAGUGGAGAGAGUGAUGUGGGCACCAAUGAGCCCCACUUCUUGUCCAGACAAACUACUCUCACCGAUGACUCUUCAAUGACUUCAAGAACCUCACAGUCCUCCUCAGGAGGCACAGCCUUUACUGGAUCUCUGGAGUUCAAACCAAUGUAUGAGAACUAUUCAACAAGCAUCGAACCGCUGUCACUAAAACGAAGUAAAACCUCCUUGGGAUUGUACCAAGAGUCGUCGAUAGAACCAGCGAUAAAUCGAGUAAAGGCCAGGUCAAACCAGCCAGCAAGACCAAACGAACGCGAAGGUCACUCCUCGCCCUUUCCAAGACAAGCGACCAUGAACAAGUCCUUUCGGAACUACGAUCCGUUCAAAAGUGGAGGCGAGAAUUCAAACACAAAUGACUCCAUUGAAUUGGCCAUAGGAAAGGUUCGGCGGAGUCAUACUUCAGUGGUGGAAAUAACCCCCAAGAUUACUCGGGGGAAAGGCCACGUGCGUGAAUUGGUGAAUAAUUUCCAACAAAAAUCCGAUCAUAACGGCGAGAAGAAGAAAUCUUUCUUUAGUUCAAAAGCCACGAUAAGGCUACCAUGCUCUCAAACCUCCCAACAGAGCACUCCAAUGUCAACCUUGAAAGCACCAUCAGAUUUUGCCGAUGAGUCGUUUUCGACAUUGAACAGGAAACAAUUGAGCACUGCCGAUGAUAGCAAACAUAGUUCCAUUCAAAUGGCCAUGGCCAAUGAGGAUGAAACGACAGUCGAAAUCCAGAGAUUGGAUCGCCAAGCAGUUUCUUUCACCAACUCAGGUUAUCAACCACCCACGAAUAGCCUUGGGUUUGACAAACGGAAUCAAGACGAUAUGGGUCUUUACGACACUCCUAGACAACCAGCAUUGCCUAUAAAGCCUCCCAGAGCUCCAACUAGAUCCAAUAAGUUGGUAUGAAAACGAAGAUAUGCUCAUGUGGUGAAAUGAGAGGACACUAAUAGCCAAAUUGACCCUUGAUGUAUGAUUCUGUCUUAGAAAGAAAUGAUGCUUUGUAAUAAACUGGAAAUACUUUAUUUUGAAUUUGACAGCAUUGAUGGCGGUUUAGCUUGGAUUUUAAGGAACACAACACAAAUUGUCGGACAUUCUUUUGACCAAGGAUCAGGUACAAAGGAUACACAAAGCCCAAGACAGCCACAGCCACCAUUGAGCUCCCCUCUCUACCCACCCAAAA